CCCUCAAGGCUCCAAGGAGAAACACUUCAUCGACUCUCUCUCUCUCUCUACUUCUCUCUCUAGAAACAGAAACUCUUCACCUCUUCGGAGAGCAAAUCGGAAAAUUCUUGAAAUUCUUUUGUUUUCUUCGUCUGUGUGUAUGGCACUUGAAGCGAUGAAUUCUCCGACGCCGCUGCAGUUCCCCGCCGCCGAGAACAAAUACCGGCGAGAAGCCGGAGAAGAUAUGAUAACCGACGCCGCUUUCAUGGAACCUUGGCUCAAACGCAAACGCUCGAAACGCGAGCGUUCUCUAGACCCUUCUCCCUCGUCGUCUUCUGGGCCCAACGAGGACGAGUACCUCGCUCUCUGCCUCGUCAUGCUCGCCCGCGGCCGACCCACGACUGCUCAAACGCAAACGCAAACGCAAACGCAGACGCAGAAGAUUUCCUACAAGUGUAGUGUGUGCAACAAGGCGUUUCCUUCUUACCAAGCUUUAGGCGGUCACAAGGCGAGCCACCGCAUCAAGAGCGCUUCAACGGCCGCAACCACCGCAGAUGAUCUCUCCGCCGUAGCUUCCACCGGGGAAAAAUCUCAGGCGGCGACCGCCGUCGCUCUAUCCGGGAAGACACACGAGUGUUCGAUAUGCCAUAAGGUGUUUCCGACUGGGCAAGCGCUCGGCGGACACAAGCGGUGCCACUACGAAGGCACCAUCGGCGGCGGAGGAAGAGGAAGCAAGUCGUCGAGCCACAGCGGCGGAGGAAGCACGGUGUCGGAGGAGCGGGGGCACCGUGGAUUCAUCGACCUGAACCUCCCGGCGCUUCCGGAGUUUGGAUUGUCCGGCGGCGGCGGAGUGGAGGAAGAGGUGGAGAGCCCCUUGCCGGGGAAGAAACCGCAUUUCCUAACGGACCGAGAUGACGCCGUCAAGAAAGAACAUUUUUCUCUACGAAUUUGUAAUAAAUAAAAAAGAAAUAUUAUUGUUAUAAUAUCAUUUGGUUCAAUAUACAUUUCUUGUUUUUGUAUUACCAAUACAGUGUGAUCCAUAUGUUUUUUUUCCCUUUACAA